AUUUUAAUGAUGGCUUCUCGUGAGCAGUCCAGGAUUGAGGCUUACCUGGAAACGAACAAGAUCGGACCCCUCUUUGAGGAAAUGAUGACUCGACUUAUCAGCGAGACACCUGACCAACCAGUUCCAUUCCUAAUAACUCACCUGCAGGGCAAGAAGGGCAGUCCAGUGUUACUGAAGAAUGUGCUGCUGGGCUCUGCGGCGCUGUGGGCCCAGACACCUGCUCACUCCAAGGGAGUGCGAUGGGAUCUCAAUGGACAUGAGAAGUCCUGGAAGGACCAUCCCAGAAGGCCAAAGAAGUCCAAGAGUGACCUGGAGGUGUGCAACCUGUCACCCCCAUCACCUGAGUCAAAGUCAUUGCCUAGGUCAGCAGAGCAUCCAUGCUGGGAUUCUCGAACCCGACCGGAGAGCAAUGACUUUGAUGAACUUAGCCAUAUCCUGCAGGAGAGCAAGAAGCUGGGCAAAGCGUUGGAAAGUCUUUCCCGCAGUAUGGCAGCUGUGGAUGAAUUUUACCAGGAACCAAUAUCAUACAACACCCCUCCGCCACGACCACGUGUGAUUGGGAAGUGGGCAGGCCGUGAGGACAGCGAUGCUGAUCCCCUGGCUGCUGAGAUGCUCCAUCCUCCGCUGCCCAGGGAGAAGAGUGAGGACAGCAGCCCUUCAGCGAGGCUAAAAGUUGAGGCAAAGAGGAGGGGAUUGAAACAACAGCAACAGCAGCACAAGAAGCAGUUGGCUGCCCUGUUGUCUCAAGAGAACUCAUCAGCUGGCCCGGACCCCUCUGCUGCAGAACUCAACAUUGAGGAUGAAGACGAUGCCAUGGAGCUGAUGGAAGACCUAGAAGACCUGAGGAUGGAAGGAGUGACCAGCUUAGCACCCUGUCGUAACAAGGUCAUUCAAGUCCAUGGCUCCCAUAGUUCCCAACCUCAGGCCAAGUUAACCCUCAACAUCUGCUCUAGAUGUGCCAGAGUCCAUCUGUCAGUGGCUUCAAGUUUACAGCAGUCAGAGACUGGAGUACCAUCAGUCAGAACCAGCAGAAAGAACCACAAAGUUUGGGGAGGUAUGCUUCAGCUGGUUUCUCCCAUCAUGCAGGCUGAGUUCUACCAGCAGCUGCAGGCCAUGAGGCAGCCUUGGCUCCUUCCCAGCGACACAGACAGCGAGAAUGGAGUUGCUGACGGGGGGCCAGCGUGA